AUGGAAUCAAAUCAAAAAUCGGGGGAUGGAUUGACCGGCACACAGAAAGAAGCUGCUCUCCGUGCAUUAAUUCAGCGCACAGGAUAUAGUUUGAUCCAGGAAAAUGGACAAAGAAAGUAUGGAGGUCCACCACCUGGCUGGGAUGCCCUGCCACCAGAGAGGGGCUGUGAGAUUUUCAUUGGGAAAUUACCCCGAGACCUUUUUGAAGAUGAACUUAUCCCAUUAUGUGAAAAAAUCGGUAAAAUCUAUGAAAUGAGAAUGAUGAUGGACUUCAAUGGAAACAAUAGGGGCUAUGCCUUUGUAACAUUCUCUAAUAAACAGGAGGCUAAGAAUGCAAUCAAGCAACUUAAUAAUUAUGAAAUUAGGAAUGGACGACUCCUAGGGGUUUGUGCCAGUGUAGACAACUGCCGUUUGUUUGUAGGAGGAAUCCCAAAAAACAAGAAGAGAGAAGAAAUUUUAGCAGAGAUGAGGAAAGUCACAGACGGGGUCAUUGAUGUGAUUGUGUAUCCCAGUGCAGCAGACAAAACAAAAAACCGGGGAUUUGCUUUUGUGGAAUACGAAAGUCAUCGAGCAGCAGCAAUGGCAAGAAGAAAACUGCUACCAGGAAGAAUACAGUUAUGGGGACAUCCUAUUGCUGUAGACUGGGCAGAACCAGAAGUUGAAGUUGAUGAAGAUACAAUGUCAUCUGUUAAAAUCCUCUAUGUGCGAAACCUUAUGCUAUCAACCACUGAAGAGACAAUUGAAAAAGAAUUCAACAAUAUUAAACCAGGUGCAGUUGAAAGAAUAAAGAAAAUCAGAGACUAUGCAUUUGUACACUUUAAUAACAGAGACGAUGCAGUUGAAGCUAUGAAAGCCUUAAAUGGGAAGGUGCUGGAUGGUUCCCCUAUCGAAGUGACAUUAGCAAAACCAGUAGACAAAGACAGUUAUGUUAGACACACCAGAGGCACAGGGGGACGAGGUACUGUGCUACAAGGAGAAUACACUUACACAUUUGGUCAUGUGUAUGAUCCUGCCACAGCCUACCUUGGAGCUCCAGUCUUCUAUGCACCUCAGGCCUACGCAGCUAUUCCUAACCUUCAUUUCCCUGCCACCAAGGGUGACCUCAGCAGUAGGGGCAUUAUCCGACCUCCAUCUAUUAGAGAAAUUUACAUGAAUGUACCUGUAGGGGCUGCAGGAGUUAGAGGACUAGGAGGACGUGGAUACUUGGCUUACACUGGCCUGGGUCGUGGAUACCAGGUUAAAGGAGAAAAGAGGGGAGAAGACAAACUCUACGAUCUUUUGCCUGGAAUGGAGCUUACCCCAAUGAACCAUAUCACUUUAAAACCACAUGGAAUUAAACUUGCUCCUCAGGUCUUAGAAGAAAUCUGCCAGAAAAAUAACUGGGGACAACCUGUUUAUCAGCUUCAUUCUGCAAUUGGCCAGGACCAAAGACAACUAUUCCUAUAUAAAAUCACUAUUCCUGCCCUUGCCAGCCAGAAUCCUACUAUACAUCCCUUCACACCUCCUAAGCUUAGUGCAUAUGUUGAGGAAGCCAAGACAUAUGCUGCAGAAUAUACCCUUCAGACCUUGGGCAUUCCUACAGAGGGAGCAGAGACUCCUGCUACAGCUCCUGCUUUUCCAGGAUAUACCAUUGCUAAUCCAGCUGCUACUGUACCAGCUACACAACUAAAACAAGCAGUGACGCUGGGACAAGAUUUAGCACCUUAUGCAACGUAUGAAGCCUACCCUGCCUUUGCAGUGGCUACUCGUAGUGAUGGUUAUGGAACUUUUUGA